AGCCAGGCGCAUGCGCCAAGGGCCGCCCAGCUGGGUCUCGGCGCCGCCCCUCCGAACCCUGGAGCCUCGCGGAGCCGGCCGGUCGGGGCGCUGCGGCUGCGGUCCUCGCCCCGCUGCUCCUCCCGGGCGUAGCGGGCUCUGGUGCGCCUUCGCUCCGGUCAGUGCCAUGAUCCGGCAGGAGCUCUCCACAUCCUACCAGGAGCUGAGUGAGGAGUUGGAUCAGGUGGUUGAGAACUCAGAGCGGGCAGACGAGCAGGAGAAGGAGACAGUCAAAGUCCAGGGUUCAGGCAUCUUACCAGCCCUUGACAGCGAGUCUGCAUCCAGCAGCAUCCGCUUCAGCAAGGCUUGCCUGAAGAACGUCUUCUCGGUCCUGCUGAUCUUCAUCUACCUGCUCCUCAUGGCCGUGGCUGUCUUCUUGGUUUACCAGACCAUCACAGACUUCCGCGAGAAGCUCAAGCACCCCGUCAUGUCUGUGUCUUAUAAGGAGGUGGAUCUCUACGACGCCCCAGGUAUUGCCCUGUACCCCGGUCAGGCCCAGUUGCUCAGCUGCAAGCACCAUUAUGAGGUUAUUCCCCCUCUGAGGAGCCCGGGGCAGCCUGGAGACAUGAACUGCACUACCCAGAGGAUCAACUACACGGACCCUUUCUCCAACCAGACCCUGAAAUCCGCCCUGAUCGUGCAGGGGCCGCGGGAAGUGAAGAAGCGGGAGCUGGUCUUCCUCCAGUUCCGCCUGAACGAGAGCAGCGCGGACUUCAGCGCCAUCGACUACCUGCUCUUCUCUUCUUUCCGGGAGUUCCUGCACAGCCCAGACAGGGUGGGCUUCAUGCAGGCCUGCGAGAGCGCCUCUUCCAGCUGGAAGUUCUCUGGGGGCUUCCGAACCUGGGUCAAGAUGUCCCUGGUGGAGACCAAGGAGGAAGACGGGCGGGAAGCAGUGGAGUUCCGGCAGGAGACAAGUGUGGUUAACUACAUUGACCAGAGGCCAGCGACUGAAAGAAGUGCUCAGCUGUUUUUUGUGGUCUUUGAAUGGAAAGAUCCUUUCAUCCAGAAAGUCCAAGAUAUAAUCACAGCCAAUCCUUGGAACACAAUUGCGCUUCUCUGUGGGGCCUUCUUGGCAUUAUUUAAAGCAGCAGAGUUUGCCAAGCUGAGUGUGAAAUGGAUGAUCAAAAUUAGGAAGAGAUACCUUAAAAAAAGAGGUCAGGCAACGAACCAUAUAAGCUGAAGUCGCCUUGUUCAUAGAACUGCCCAUGUUGACCGAGGGUCUCAUCACUUCCACUUUGAGAAACUGAGCUGCCAGCACUCCUGUACUCACCUGAAGCUGCCCGCCCUGCUGGGAGGCACAGCCUGAUGGGACAGAUCCAGUGGAUAACCUCGAAGUUAUUUAAGUACUUAAAUUAUUAAUGAACAGUUUUUGACUAUGACAUGAGUAGAGUUUGCGGAUGAUGGAAUUAGACCUGGUUUCUGAAGGUUUGUCGAAGCUGCCUUUCUUCUUUGGCUGGUGAAUAGUUCAGCUCUAACAGGAAUUAAGGCUUUGUAUUUACCUUGGGUUUCUCCCCCGAGGGUUUUAAAGUGGAUGGGAGAGUGUGUGACUAUCCAGAUGUGUAGGUCGAGCUUUGAAACCUGUGCAUUUUACACAAAGGCAAACAAACACCCUUAGUCUCUGGCAUUGUCUGCCAUCUGUGUCAUCCAGUCUCUGACAAGCUUUCUCAUUUGUUAAAUGAGACACUUAAAGUCAAUACAGUAAUUAGAUAUCCUGUGGACUGACUAGCCACCUACCUGUCUGGUUGGAGUUCUUGUUGAUAUAGGUGUAAGAGUUUAGAGUGAUUAACACACAAAAGCACUAGUAUGAAUGUAGAGUAGGUGCCUAUUCAAUGUAUUUUGAUGACUUCAUUAACAGGUAAAUAAAAGCUAGGUUAAUACAAAAGGAA